GGCGGAGGCUGGGGGUGGCGCGAGGAGCUGGUAGGGGGAGGCGGCGGCAGAAGAAGUGGCGCCUCCGGCUCCGCCGCGGGGGCUCUGCCGCAGCUGCAGCCGCCGGCUCCGGCGCGCCCCCCGCGCCAGCCCGCGGGCUCGGCCGCUCGGCCUCGGGCCAUGUCCUCGCCCUCCUCCCGCUCCGCUGACUGGGAACGUUUGUGAUGGUCCAUGAUGGUUUCAAGAUGGCUUGUAAUAUGCAUGCCCAGAGAUUAUGAUUUUCAAGCAGCCUGAUAUUUGCUCUGAAAGAAUGCAAAUGUUCUUAACAUCUUGAUCACUUGAUUACACAGAUGAUGAGGUUUCUUCAAUUUGCUGGUUUGAACUAUAGAAGUUGAUGGAGCUAUAAUAUAAAAUACUUUAUUUGGUUUCACUGAAGGAAGAUACUUCACUGUCCAGCAUUUCAUCACCCAUAUGAUGGAUUUUUUCUAACUUGCUAGACCAUAUUGUGUUAUCUCUCUUGGACUUUGUGGUAACAGACAGUACAGGAAAUGUUCAUUUAAUCUUACUGUAUCUACAAACAAUCAUUACUACUAAUGCAUGAAGAUAAUUUUUUGAGCUACAGCAGAGAUGAUGUUUAUGUCCUUUACAAGAAUCCUGGUUUUAUUCUUUUGAAAGAUUUUAGUGAUGAUGUUUCUCUAAAGUAUGAGCAAGAAAAGAACUUGUAGCACUGAGAAACUACAUGUUGAUAAGAAUGCCCAGAAGAGGUUUAAUGCUUCAAGCCAGGACCCGUUGGCUGCUAUUGGGUCUUGCCCUGCUAUGCAUUUUGAUAUUAUUUAUGUACCUUCUUGAGUGUGCUCCACAGACUGAUGGCAAUGCCUCUCUUCCUGGUAUCAUUGGAGAGAAUUAUGGUAAAGAGUAUUACCAAGCUCUCCUACAAGAACAAGAAGAACACUAUCAAACUAGGGCAUCUAGCCUGAAACGUCAGAUUGCCCAGCUCAAGCAAGAAUUACAGGAGAUGAGUGAGAAAAUGAGAUCACUGCAAGAGAAAAAGAACACACGAGCAAAUGGUAUGGGUUAUCAAGGCACCAAAGAACAAAUUCCUAGUGAUCUUUUAGAAUUUCUUCAUUCUCAGAUUGACAAAGCUGAGGUAGGCAUAGGAGCCAAACUACCUAGUGAAUAUAGUGUCAUCCCCUUCGAAAGUUUCACCUUAAUGAAAGUCUUCCAAUUAGAGAUGGGUCUCACUAGACACCCUGAGGAAAAGCCUGUUAGAAAAGACAAGAGAGAUGAAUUGGUGGAAGUUAUUGAGGCUGGCCUGGAGGUUAUUAAUAAUCCUGAUGAAGAAGAUGAUCAAGAAGAUGAAGAUGGACCAGUUGGAGAAAAACAAUUAUUUAAUGAAAAUGAUUUUGUAGAAGGUUAUUAUCGUACUGAGAAAGAUAAAGGGACACAGUAUGAACUCUUUUUUAAGAAAGCAGACCUUAUGGAAUACAGACAUGUCACUUUGUUCCGACCUUUUGGACCCCUUAUGAAAGUAAAGAGUGAAACAAUUGAUAUCACCAAAUCAGUUAUUAAUAUCAUUAUGCCUCUUGCUGGAAGGACUGAGGCAUUUGCACAGUUUAUGCAGAACUUCAGGGAUGUAUGUAUUCUUCAGGACAAGAGGAUUCACCUUACAGUGGUCUAUUUUGGUGAAGAAGGACUAUCUAAAGUCAAAAUCAUCUUAGAAUCUGUUUCUCGUGAAGCUAAUUUUCACAAUUACACCUUGGUUUCAUUGAAUGAAGAAUUUAAUCGAGGCCGAGGACUAGAUGUCGGUGCUAGAGCCUGGGACAAGGGAGAGGUCUUGAUGUUUUUCUGUGAUGUUGACAUAUAUUUCUCAGCAGAGUUCCUUAACAGUUGCCGAUUAAAUGCUGAACCAGGAAAAAAAGUUUUUUAUCCAGUGGUAUUCAGUCUUUAUAAUCCUGCUAUUGUUUAUGCGAAUCAAGAUGUGCCACCACCAGUUGAUCAGCAAUUAGUCCACAAAAAAGAUUCUGGAUUCUGGCGAGACUUUGGUUUUGGAAUGACUUGUCAAUAUCGAACAGAUUUUCUGACUAUUGGUGGAUUUGAUUUGGAAGUAAAAGGAUGGGGUGGAGAGGAUGUUCAUCUGUAUAGAAAAUACUUAAGAGGUAAUCUCAUUGUUAUUCGGACCCCAGUUCCUGGUCUUUUUCACCUGUGGCAUGAGAAACACUGUGCUGAUGAGUUGACCCCAGAGCAAUACCGUAUGUGCAUCCAGUCAAAAGCCAUGAAUGAGGCUUCUCACUCACACCUUGGAAUGCUUGUCUUCAGGGAGGAAAUAGAGACUCAUCUCCAUAAACAAGCAUAUAGGACAAAUAGUGAACCUGUUGGAUAAAUGACAUCAGCAUUUAAUACAUUAUAAUAUGAACAACAACCAGCACUAUUCACUUGCCUUAAUUAGUUUACAAAUGCAGUGCCUCUCUCCAAGAAGAACUUUUUAUCUUUCAGAUCCUUCUGUGCUCAACACAAUUCAGUUGUCUGAAAUGAGAAGAAAAAGCAAGUGUUUAACUGAAAUCUUCAGUUUUGUGAGAAUACAGCAGCAAAGUACAACUGCCCAAUUUGUCCAGUGAGAAUCUACUAUUUUCCACCCAAAGGUGUUGUUCUGUCUAUCUCAGUUGUGGUACUGUGGUUUUUUAGACAUGACUUGAUUUAGUCUUUGAAUUUGAUCAGUUUAAUUUAUCCUGCUGAUGGUAUUAGUAUCAUAUUCAUAUUUAGAAGAGAGCAUGUUGUUUUCUCCUAAAUAGUAAUGAGGGGGCCAUGCUUUUGUGUCUGAAUGAGAUAUGUGGUCAUUGAGUACUUGAUUGGUCUUCCUAAAGAUAAUGAAAAACCAAAGUAGUUAGCAGAGGCUAAUUGACUUUCCUGUGGUUAUUCUGCCAAGUACAAAAUCAGUUUAUUACUUUGCCCACAUAUCUCUGUGAGAAAAUGUGUGGCAAUGGGAAACUUACUGAAAAACUUGAUUUUAGGUGAGAGUAUAUGGCUGGAUUAGAUACCUAACAUUAAUGUGCCAUUACAUUCUUAAUCAUCACAUUACAAGGUUAGUAAUCAUAUAGAAAAAAUAGUUACACUAUUUUUAUAUUAUAGAGAAUAAAGUAUAUCCAAAUUUUUGAAUAAUAGCAUUAUGGAAGAUUAGUUGAAAGGGACUUUAGAAAUCAUGUAGUUCAAUACCCUUGUCAUACAACUGAGGAAACAAGUAAUUUGCUUGAGGACACACAACUAGCUGAGUGGAAGGAAGGACCAGGAACUAGUCUCUCUGAACUUCCAGUCCAGUGCUUUUAGACCCAUACUUGCUGCCUUCACAGAAGAACCUUUCAUUGUAUUGGUAAAUAAUUCUGUAUGAAGUGGCAGUUAGUGUAUAGAUGAAUAACAUUUGCUUACCUAAGCUAAGCAAAGAGUCCUGGUGGAUGAAAUUCAGAAUGUAUAAGGACUGCAAAUUUAAACAAAUAGUCUUUUUAUUUUUAGCUUUGUAUCACUAUAUGUAACAAGGCAAACAGCAAUGUAAUAAUGCCCAUUUUCUGAUGUAUGUUGAAAGGUACUGUUUCUAUAGGAAAACUUGCUUGUAUAGUCUCUUUGGGUUGAUAGGUUAGCACUUCACAGGAAAUGACUCAGUUUACAUUCAGUUAAGACUUCAUUGAUUUGGAAUAAUAGAAAAUCAGCUGUGGAACAUGUUGAAGUUUCUCAAAUACUUAGAAAGAUCCAUUUUGUUAAAGUGUAAAUUAUAAAUGGAGAUAUACAUGAGUAUUGCUAAUAAGACAUAAUGUAAUGAUUCAGAAAUCACAUUUACAGUAAACCUUACAAUGUAUCACAAACAAAUCAUUACUAUAACAAACUUAGAGGAAUUGUUUUAUUUGGAAGUCAGAAAUAUGUCAAGGGAAGGCUUAAUUUUUUAAACUUUUUGUUUUAAAAAGGUAAUGAUUUUAGAUUGGAUUUCCCUUAUUUUCACUAAGACUGAGAAAAUUUAAUGGAAGAAAUUUUUUGAACCUUCUGUUAAAUAAGAAUCAUGUUAAAUUUCAAUUGUUACAAAUUCCAAAUUAGUGGGGUCUGUUAGAUUUUUCUGUAGUUUUGCUUCAUGUUUAAUUCACCUCUACUUGAAUGAGGUUGGAUUUAGGCAUUUAAGAUAUGGAAAAUGUACUGUUAAAAAUUAUUCUGGACAUUUUUUGUAUAUAAAUUGUCUGUUAUUUAUUGUGAAGACCAGUGUAUUAUGGUAUUUAAGAUGAAAAGAAUGUAACCAUUUGCAAAGGUAAGCUGCAACUGUUUCUUUUUGUAUGUCAGAAUUAGGUACCUUUUCUGCAUUUGAAUAGCUUUUUAAUUUAAAUAUGAAAAUUAUGAAAUGGAAACAUUACUAUGUUUUCAUCAUUGUAUGGUACCAGUAAAGUAUUUUUAUUACCAACAAUUGUUUAAAAAUGUGAUCUUUUUUCAAAAGUUUCAAUAUAAGCUAUGUUUGCUUCCCUCCCCACCCUCCAUGAAUCAACAACUGAGAAAUACAGGAAUCUGGAAGCUCUGUAGUUCUAAGUAGACAGUCAUUCAAGCUACUACUCAGGAGACUAUCACACAAGGUAUUUAGAUCAUCUGUUUAAGGGCAGCUAGGUGGCACAGUGGAUAGACCACCGGCCCUGGAUUCAGGAGGACCUGAGUUCAAAUCCAGCCUCAGACACUUGACACUUACUAGCUGUGUGACCCUGGGCAAGUCACUUAACCCCAAUUACCUCACUAAAAAAAUAAACAAACAAACAUCAAUAAAUAAAUAAAAUAGAUCAUCUGUUUAGAUCUAGAAAGGACCCAAGGGGGCAUGAUUUAUUCAUUUGUUCAUUUAGUUAUUGACAGAAGUGAGUGGUUACUAAUUCUGCCCCCCCCCCAUAUUUGUUGUUUGAAUGUGUCAAAUAUAAACACAUUUUGUUAUAUGAAAAUUUCAUUGUACUGAUGUUUUUAAUAAUUCUUACCAGAUUUCCAUUUCAAAGUUUGACCUGUGCUUGACUUUAUUCUUUGCCUUACUUUGCUUGAAGAACCUCUGAUGUUUGGGCACAUGCUGGUGGAUGAAGGUCGCCACAACACUGUGCCAAAAGUUCCUUUAUUAAAUAUUUUCUUGGGUAAAAAUAACCUUGAUGGUAAGGAUUAAAAUGAAAAUAUGAAGUUUGAUAGGAUUGAACCAGCCCAUUUGAGAUGUUCCAUCGGAUAGAGUAGAGGCCUCAAUGGGAAUGUUCAUCUUAAAUAAGAAAGUAUAUUUAGUAAAGGUAAAUGUCAGAAACCUCCUGGUUUAAUUGCUUUGUCAUUAAAGUGGCCCUUCAUUGAAAUUUUUAAAAGGCUAGCAUUUUCUUUGGGACUUGUAAUUUUUCCAAAUUUUUUAUUUUUGAGAUGGGGUUAGCCAGAAGAAAAAAAUUCAUGGUUACUUGGAGUAGAUAGCAUGCCUAGAGGAGUAUAUAACAUUUGAGCCUUACAUCUUACAUUAACAUCUCAUUUAUAGAAAAUUAGUUGGUUUUUUCACUUGGUUUGUUUUGCCAAUUUUUUUUUUGUUUGUUUUGCCAAAUUUUGUAAUGGAUUUGUUUCUGUACCUACAUGUCACCAUUUAUUGGAUUGUAGAGUCUUUGAAGUCAGAGACUGUGUCUGACCUCGAUUAAUGUAUAGUAGGUCCCUAAUUCUCAUUUGGCAGUGGCUAGUAAAAAGGUCUGAAUUUCUCUGACUCAGUCUCUUACCAGUUUUUUAGCAAAACAAUUUUUGAAAAACCUUAAGUAGUGAAGAAGCUUGCUGUUAAAAAGUUUGUAAUUCUUUUUGUAAUAAUCACUUCCAGAUUCGCUUUCUGUCUUGUAAGUUUUGCAUGAAUGAAAUAGCAUAUGUAUAAUUCAAAUAUAUUAAUACUAAAAGUUAUGCAGAACUUAUGCUGUGUUUAUAGAUUUUGAGAAAUAAUGUAUCCAUUGAUCAGACAAUUAUUGGAUGAAUGUUUGCUACAGGAAAGAUGUUUUUGCUGUAGGCAUGGUAUGCUUCAAAAAUAGCAUAGGCGUCUAAGUCCAUAAGAGAUUAUUCAUGUGCUUUAAAUGAGGCCUAUAUUUCUGGUUUCCUUUUUCUUUCCUUUGUGUUAGUCAGUGGGCUUGUAGAUGUAACUUGGACUGCAGUUGUGAUGAAAUUGUUGAGGUUCCACAUAGAGAAUGAGGGUUUUACUUUAUAUCCAUCAAUACUGUUUUCAUGGCUAUUUACAAAACAUCAUCACUUUUCAUCUGAGUGUUGUAUAAUGUGUUUUAUUUCAGGAAUGUUCUCUGAAUU